ACCCUCCUGUUCUCCAGAGUUGAACUGGUGUGCGACGUGACAGUGCACAGAUUGUCACGAAUGACGAGUGGCGCAAAGCUCCACAAGAUAGAAAAGCGACUUUUUGUUUGUCACAAAUUUUCAUGAAGUUUCUGAAACGAGACCAAACUCCAGUAGAAUGUAUUGCCUGUGGAGAUAAGGUCCUACCAAAGCAAAGUAUCCGUGCGCCAUGUGCUCAUCACUAUUGCCGGGAAUGCAUAUCGAAUUUCGCGAAGGCGUCCAUGAAAGACGAAUCUCUGUAUCCCUUGCAAUGUUGCCAGAUUCGAAUGCCAGUAAAGAAGGUCGCUCGACAAUUACCUAAACCACUGCAGACGCGAUUUCUUGCCAAGUCUGUGGAAUAUGCCGUUUCGCCGGCUACACGAGUGUACUGCGCGAAUCAGAAAUGUUCUGCGUUCUUGUGCUCCUCAGACACUCGCAAGGCGAACAUGACUUGCCGUAUAUGUGGCACUACGAUGUGUCUCGCAUGCAAGAACAGAAGACAUCCGGGAGAAGGAUGUGUAGAGGCAGGAAUGCAGAGAGACUUGAAGAGACUCGCAGACGAUAAAAGCUGGCAGUCGUGUCCUGGCUGCCGGGCGAUCAUCGAACGUACAGAUGGGUGUAACCACAUCACGUGCCGCUGUUCCACCCACUUCUGCUAUCGAUGUGGGGCUCGCUGGCGCAAAUGUUUUUGCCACAGGGAGGACCACUAAGUACUGUCACAACGGGAAGUUAUUACACGAUAAUGUAAUGUCAACGAUAAGGAUAUACAGCACAAAAGAUAACGUCCAGAUCUCUUAGAUGUCUCAUUAUGAACUUGGCUCUCUUUUUACGCACAAUGCACGCGCGUGUACAACCUUUGCAGAUUGACUACAUCGUUUGUAUCACAAUUCGAACCAAUAUGUGUAUAUUUAAGCAUGUUAUAUCCUCGGUCCUCGGCUCAUAUGUUCCAGUUACAGUAGUUUAUGACUUUGUUCACCUGCUCACAGCAGAAUUAUCACGAAGGUAAAGUUUCAGAAUAGAUUGGUGAGAUGUACGAGGCACAACAAGCCUAAAAAAAAAGAUCUACACCCAAGGGGCCAUGACGAUGGGUAGAGUUAGACAUCCCACGUGGAAACGCACUGCAGAUG